AUGGAACCUACUUCAUUAGUAUUAGCUGCUGCUGGGACAUUAGAUCUUUGUGUUGGAUAUGGCAAAGAACUCGUCAAGCUAUGCCGUGAAAUAAAAAACCUCGGCAAGGAUAUCGAGAAAAUGGCCUUAAUCAUCGAGGGUAUUUGGCUCAAAACAGAAGUCCAGGUUGAAGUAUUGAAGCGAUUAUGGAACUCCGAUUCUUCAUUACAUCCCUCCUUGCAAGCCCAUUACGCGGUCUCAGUCCAGAGCCUCUACACCAAGAUUUUCGGGGCUCUUAAUAUACUCGAAAAGAGUAAUAAUAGCCACCUGACAAACAAGCUCUACAAAAGAGCCAAAACGCUGUAUUUAGUCAGAGCCCUUAAGGGGAUCGUGGCAGAUCUAGAAGGAUGGCAGCGAAAGUUCGAUCCAUCAUGGUACUUGAUCACACUUCUCUCUGCCUCAACUAUCGAUGAGAAACUCCAGAAUGAAGAAGGGAGAAACCCCUCAUCGACAAGACUUAUCCAAAUGAGAAACACCAUCCGUGACGUCUCGGAUCAGAGAAAUGAGUUUACCGACUCAAUUUUCAAGUCCAAUGACUCUGUGGACAAGGACCGCGAAAGGAUACCAGACACGAAUACAUGUAUCUCACAUUACAACGAAAGCCAAGUCCUACUAGACCGAACAAACUACGGACCAAACGUGAAUCUCCAGACAAUCAAAAGCCACGUUCGAGAUCUAGCACGCAUGCUCAUGCAUGUAGAACCUUCAUUUGGUCUUCUCAAAUGCGUAGGGGCAGUUGAAGUCCAGUCCAACGCACAAGACUCCCGAAGCACCCAAUUCGAAUUCAUUUUAGAGAUACCGGACGAGCUGAAACAUCCCAAGACCUUGCGAAGCCUUCUAUUGAGCAAACGAAAUGUGUCCUUGACCAAACGCAUCCAACUUUCUAAACAGCUUGCGAGAUCGGUUAUGUUCGUGCACACGACAGGAUUCGUCCACAAGGGAAUCCGCCCAGAAACAGUUCUCAUAUUCGAUGAUGGUAUCACCGAGAUGGGACCGUCCUUCCUUAUCGGAUUUGAGCGUAUUCGACACGCACAGGGUCAGACUGAUUUAAUGGGAGAUCGGGAGUGGCAGAAGAAUUUAUAUCGUCACCCGGUGCGUCAAGGGCAAUGGACUGAAGAAGCCUACAUCAUGCAACAUGACAUUUACAGUCUUGGGGUUUGUCUACUCGAGAUUGGGCUUUGGCAUUCCUUUAUACAGUGGGACGCGGAUAGAAGCCAGCCAUGUCCAUGGUCCGAGUUGAAUAUACAAGGCGCAAUUUUGGACAAGGAUUCUCGCCGAGGUGGUUUUGCUACUAAAGAGGAACUGGUGGCUAUAGCUGAGGAUCGACUUCCAAGCUUAGUUGGAGAUCGAUAUACUAAACUGGUUCUUGCUUGUUUGUGCUGUCUUGAUGAAGGAAGCGAGGACAAUGUCUUUGGGGCAUCGGGGAGUGUCAUGGAUAAGGAUGGCAUCGUGGUGGGCGUUCGUUACAUUGAAAAUGUUCUACUUAAAACCGAAGAAUUGUUGAUCUAG